AUGACUCGUCAUUUGCAAGCUUUCUGCUCUGAUGGCUAUGUCGUUAUCAAUUCCGAACGGUUGGCAUGGACGACCGGUUGGAAGCCUGACUUUUUCAUCGCUCAUAAGAAGUGCUACGAUGCACACAAGCCACCAAAGGGCGCCCGGCUUGGAAGAAAUGCCGCAGACAAAUUUGGGGUUCCUUACCGAGGCUUGCUUGAUUCGCUGCGAGUCUGUGAGGCCAAGUUAGACAUGAAACCCUCGGAUUUGGCAGAGCUGUGGCAGUAUCUGAAUUCGUUACCUGACGGCGAGUCCCGCGGAAUGCUCUUUGACAAGCGCAGUUUUAUCCUCCUGACAGCGGCGGGGAAAUGCCAGCAGAAAUUUCCGACCCGUUUGCUGGAAGGCGAAUGGAGAACCGAAGGUUCCUUCGACGCGGUACGGGCAUUUCUCGCUGUGCAGUCCCACAGCGAGAGAUCCCUGCAUGCUGCCCUGCAGCAUGCCAGCGUGCAGUUGCUCGGUUUUUUGGGCUCUGGUUCCUUUGGACGUGUCUUUCAUGUCUACAAUGAGACUCGUGGCAGCUGUGCCAUGAAGCUCGUCAAUGAUGAGAAGCUAGCGCGGGCUGAGGUCGCGAGUUUACAGCAGGCGGUCCAGCAGGGAUGCCCUGUUGCACAGCCUAUCUCUGAAUUAGAAGCAGUGGCACUAGGCAACAGGCACUGCUUUUACUACUUGUCGACUCCUGUUGGCCAGAAGUUGAGCCAGACAGAUGCUGCAACAAGAUUGGAGGAUGUCUUGGAUUGCCUGCAUGAUCUGCACAAAAGCGGGAUUGCCCAUGGAGAUGCGCGAUUGCCCAAUCUCAUCGUGAACGCUGACAGCGAGCUACUUUGGAUCGACUGUUUGCACACAGGGUUAGCCACUUGCGUAACUGUCCAGUCUGACAUUGAAACCCUCGUUCGCAGUCUGGGUGCAAGUGCACAGCUACUGGCGCAGAUCAAUGCCGACUCCCUGUCCAACCAAACUUUCCGAGAGGCUUUGCAGCGGGAUCUGCACGCCUGGACAUAUUGA